CAUUGUUUCAUUCGUUAGUAGUAAAAAAUGAAAUGCAAUUUAAAGCAUCAAUCUUACAUAAGAAUAUUCUAUACUACCCCAAAUUGCCAUUGAAAUGGUUGUUGGUGUUUACACCCUAUUAUACAACAACCAUAUCUAAUUAUAUAGUUGAUAGGCUCCUCCAGCCACAUUAAUUGAGUUAGCAGCAACAUAUAUCCCAGUUAAGCUAAGCCUUGAGAAUAGAAAUAGUGGGAUGAUGAGUUUAUCAUUUUGUUCGCUGAUAGCAAAGCCUUGUUCCAUGAUCAAUGGGAGCAAUAGGAAACCAUGUUGUGGUCGUACAAGAUUUGGUGUUAUAAUUAGGUCGGAAGUAAACGUGGCUCCCAAGCAAAGAGGAAUUCCCCAAUUGUCAAAACAAGGAGUUCCUCUUGCUGUACAAGAGGUUGUUCACAGGCAGUCUCAGAUCAUAAAUCAUUGUAGCAAGCCUAGGCCACUGUUCGAGCCCACUUUUCUUUAUGAUGCCUAUGAAAUGUGCAGAAAUAUUUGCGCCGAAUAUGCCAAGACCUUUUAUCUAGGAACCUUGCUUAUGACGGAAGAAAGACAGAAAGCUAUAUGGGCAAUUUAUGUUUGGUGCAGGAGGACGGAUGAACUUGUUGAUGGUCCUAACGCUGGGUAUAUGAGCUCUUCUGUUCUUGAUAGGUGGGAAGAUAGAUUGCACGACAUUUUCAAUGGACAACCCUAUGAUAUGCUUGAUGCCGCUCUUACUGAUACAGUCUCCAAGUUUCCCUUGGAUAUUAAGCCUUUCAAGGACAUGAUACAAGGCAUGAGAAUGGAUACAAGGAAAGCCCGAUACAACAAUUUCCAAGAGUUAUAUCUUUACUGCUACUAUGUGGCGGGAACUGUGGGCUUAAUGACUGUUCCAAUAAUGGGCAUUGCCCAGGAGUCUGUCAUCCCAGUUCAAAGUGUAUAUGAUGCUGCACUAUAUCUGGGUGUAGGAAAUCAACUCACAAACAUUCUUAGAGAUGUGGGGGAGGAUGCAUUAAGAGGUAGAGUGUACCUUCCCCAAGACGAACUAGCCCAGUUUGGAUUAUGUGACAAGGAUGUUUUUUCAAGAAACGUCAGUGAAAGAUGGAGAAAGUUUAUGAAAUAUCAGAUCACAAGGGCAAGAUUCUACUUCAACCGGGCAGAAGAAGGAGUUUCUCAGCUCCAAAAGGCCAGCCGUUGGCCGGUUUGGUCAUCAUUAAUAUUGUAUCGUAAGAUCUUGGAUGCAAUUGAAGACAACGAUUACGACAAUUUGACUAAACGAGCUUACGUGGGACGAGCUAAGAAAUUUUUAACGUUGCCUCUAGCUUACACUAGAUCUCUCUCAAAUCACAAAACGAAAUUUCGUUCUUUAACAAGGCCUAUCUAGCAAACUAGAUAGUACCCGAAACUACGUACGGAUCCAAUGAAAUGCAUACUUGGAUUCCUUGUAAAGAUGAUAUAUUCUCCGAAGAUAAUAUGAAUACUUGAGCUUGGUUUCGGUUUUCGCAGAAGGGAGAAAGACCCGGAUGAAACCCCCAGGAAUCUUACCACCUGCCAUUUCCUUGGGGUUAAAAUUGUGCAAAUGUACCCCAAAAGAUAAAAAUUCCGAAUGCAUAAAUUCAUUUCUUUCUCUUUAAACCCACUCUCCCUACACCUUAAUUAAGAAAGGGUCCUUUUGAACCAA